AUGGACUCCUCGUCGUCCCCGCAGAAGGACGAGACGGCCGCCGCCGCGGCCGCGGCGAGCGUCGAGGAAACAAUCCUGCAGAACAUGGUGCUGAAGAUGCUGGCGAGGGUGGAGGCCGGUGAGGACGUGGAUAACGCGAGGAAGACGAGGAAGGUCGUGCGGCUGUCGGAGGAGCAGUGCAGGAGGAUCACGGCGAUCACACCGUGGCCGCCCGUGGUGCCUCCCGUCAUGUCCAACCUGAGCAAGUACAACGUGAUCGAGGACCCCGAGGCCCGGGAGAGGAUGCGCGGCCGCAAGGUCCGGGCCAUCGACAACCUCAGGGCGUUCCACGCGGAGCUGGCUCGCGUCCGCGAGCAGUACGCCGCUUGGGGGAUUGGUCAAGAUGCUCCCUCAUCAUCAAGCAAGAAUAUUGCUCUAGCUAGCAAUAAGAAGAACAAGAUGAGAAGAGAAGAACCAAGCUCUUCCUCAAGUGAUAAUAAGGAAAGUCAAGAAAGUGAAGAAGAAGAAGAGGAGGAUGAUGAUGAUGAUGAAAGUGAUGAGGUGACCAUCUCCGAUGAAGAAGCCGAAUAUCUCAUCAAAGAGAUGAAGAAAAACCUCAAGAAGCUCAAGGCAAGGGGCAUUCCUAUCAAGAUGGAGGAAUUGAUCUUCUAUGAAGAUAGGCGGAAGCAAAGAGAGGGUGCUUCGGAUGUGUUUGACAUGAUGAUGAACUUGAAUGAUGAGCUAACUUGGAAAAUUAGAGAACUUGAGCAAUUGCCUAAAGUCACUCAUAAGCCUAAGGCAUCCAUUUCUCUCUUUGAUGUUGAACCUAAGAAGGAUGCCUCCACUUCUUGCAUAGAUUUAAUUGAUGUAUCUAGCUCACCUUGUUGCAAUGAGUGUUGUGUUGAGAAUGUCAUUGUAGAAACUUGCGAUGACCUCAUUGCCAAGGAGAACAUUGAGCUCAAGGAAGAAGUGGGCAAGCUCACAAGGGACUUGAGAAGGUUGAAGGGCAAAAAGACGGAGAGCAAGGGCCAACUCCCUCAAGAUAAUCGUCCCAAGAUGGUAAAGAUGGUGAAGAAGCUUGAGGGAGGAGAAACCGUGACUUACUACUCAUGUCAUCAAGAAGGCCACAAGUCCUAUGAGUGUAAGACCAAGAAGAAGAAGGUAGAGAAGGUGACGAACUCCAAUGCCAAGUCCUACUUGAAGGUUGACAAGAAGAAGAGCACUCCCUACAUUCUCAAGAAGAAGAAAGAUGACAAGGUGGUGGCUCACAAGGUCAACAAGCAAGGAAGGGGUUGGACCAAACCUAUUUGGGUGCCCAAGGAAAUCAUUGCUACAAUGAAUGGCUCCAAGAAGGUUUGGAUUCCUAAGGCGACAUAG